CACACACUCCUUUAUGAAUGCAACCUGAUCUCCUGGGGGAGUUUCUCUGUGCUCUCACUGCACGUUUCUGUUGGUGUUGGCAGUGUCGCAGUCCCUGUCUCUGUCCCUCCCUGCCUUCUUCCACCACACCACACCACUCCACUAUUCUCCAUUUCAUCACAUCUUUCAUUCUUAAUCCCUUUGCAGUAAUAAACGCAUUCAACUUUCCUCUACCUGUUCCAAACCUUGAAUCUUUUGGCACCUUUCAUUAAUGGGGUUGAAGGGAAUGCUCACCUAAUCCACAGUUUCUCUAAAUUCUUUAACCCCAGCAACUGCUUUUUCUUUCACUUUUUUCCCUUUUAAAUAAUGUGUUUUUCUUCAUAUUCUUCCACCCAAACCCAAAACCUGUUCUGAGAAAAUAAUGUUGUUUGUUACCUUGCUAGCUGUUGUUGUUCUUGUUGUUGUGUAAUUUUUUCUUUGUUCUCUCUUCUGGGUCCAUAAAUGUCGACUAUGCAGAUGUCUCAUGUUGAUUUAGAGCAAGGGAAUCAUCAUCAUCGUCGUUCGGUUGUUGGAAGCGAUGUGAGUGGUGGUGAGGGGAGCCUGUGCUUCUCUGAUGUUGAUAUUGAUGAUGGGUCUUGCUACUCUCGCUUCUAUUCAACCAACGGUGGUUCGUAUGAUGAUUACAGCUUCGCUUGUGUUUCUGAUCCUGAAGGUGGUGGGGGUGUUGUUGAUUCUGGGAGGGCUUCUUCUGUUACUGAUUGUUCUGUGGAGGUGGAAAUUAGAACUGGGGUUCCUGAAAUUAAGGUGCAUUUGGCUAAAGUGGAGAAGGAUUGUAGGAUUUGUCACAUGGGUUUGGAGACUGAGAGUCAUGAGUCUGGUCCUCCCAUUGAAUUGGGUUGUUCUUGUAAGGAUGAUUUAGCUGCUGCUCACAAGCACUGUGCUGAGGCCUGGUUCAAGAUUAAGGGAAAUAGGACCUGUGAAAUUUGUCAUUCUGUUGCCCGAAAUGUUUAUGGAGCGAAUGAGGAGUCAACAGAGCAAGUGAGCGACAAUAACAUUGCUCCUGCUACAGCUACACUCUCAGCACCUGCUCCGUCAGCAGAAACUCAUAGAUUUUGGCAUGGCCAUCGCUUCCUGAAUUUUCUGCUCGCUUGUAUGGUUUUUGCAUUUGUCAUAUCAUGGCUUUUUCACUUCAAUGUGCCAUCAUCAUAGUUUCCUGAGGCAGUUUCAGGCAUAACUUGAAGUACAUGUAAAAGCUGAAUGGGGAGGGGAGCAAACAAGAGAAAGAUGAAAAGAAAAGGGAGGCAAAUUGAAAGAAAGAAAUCCAAGCCCUUAGUCGAUGGAGUUCAUAGAGAAUGAAUGCUUCUACAAUUUCUAGCCUUGUUCCCUUUAAAUAGGUGGGCAGGAUAACUUCCUUUUAUUCAAUGCAAAUAGACGUCUUCAUUUUCUGUUGUUCAUUCGUCCUAAAUUAUUGAGCUUUACAAGGCUUUCUUAAAUCUUAACAAUCAAUGUAAUUUCUGGACAAGUACACUAGAAUGUUUUUUUCUUUUUUCAAAUGUAUAUUAUAUAUUUCACACUGUAACUACAGUGCUUUUAUCUUGCA